CCGCACAACGCCCAUUGAGUGUACAACCUCUCUCGCCGUUUAUAUUGAAUCUCCAGAUACUGGGACUUUAAGAUGGAUCACAGCGGAAUGGAUCAUGGCGGUCACGGCGAUAUGGACAUGGGCCCAAAAUGCUCCAUGAAUAUGUUGUUCACCUGGUCCUCUGAAAACCUAUGUAUUGUCUUCCGCCAGUGGCAUGUCACCGGCACAUUCUCGCUCAUUGUCUCCCUAUUUGCCAUCGUCCUACUCGCCGCCGGAUACGAGGCCAUUCGAGAAGUCAGCAGAAGAUAUGAGCAGAGCCACGAGGCACGGAUGAGUGCGUUUAGCAGCGGUUCUUCCAGCGAAGAUGCGCAGUUGAACGAAUCCCGCUCAUUACUCGUCGUAGGAAGAGAUUCCAAGGCGACCGCCGAAAGAAAAGGAGUCAUCAUCAAGGGAGCACUAUAUGCUGUCCAGGUGUUUUACAGCUUUUUUAUAAUGUGAGCCUUCAUCCCCCUGCUCUAGAUCGCAAUGGCUCAAGCAUUCGCAGGCUCUUGUUCAUGACCUACAAUGGUUGGGUCAUGUUGGCAGUUGCGGUGGGGGCCUUCGUUGGUUAUAUCACGUUUGGCCGCAACCUCUCCUCAGCAAAGAGCGUGGCUUGUCAUUGAUUUUCCGACAUAUCAUGUCGAUCUUUACAAAGCCCUUGCUGCAUUUCUCUGCUCGACGAGCCCGGAAAUGGGGCCUGCCUCUGAUGAAGAAAGCUAGAUUGGUGCUUCAAGAUGUCAUAUUAGAGAGUUCAGCCAUCUUCAUCUUCAAUGUCAUCGUCAAAACCAAAGCUGAAACCACCGUUUGCACGCCCAUUGUCUUGAUCAGAUGCUUCAACUACUUCUUCCCAUUUCCUCUUUCUUUCGAUCGAGUCGUCGAGAGAAGCGGCAAUCUCAGGCUGGAAUUCCUUGAGGCGUUCCAUAAACAAAGAGCCAGGAUCGGUCACAUCAUCUUUGAAUCCUGACACUUGAUUUGCUUUGUAUCGUAGGAACCGGACGGCGGCACCAACAUGAGAUCGAGGGACGAAAUUCUGAGUGAUUGCAAUUGAUGGUGCGAGGUUGACCACGAGAUGCCACCAGCCGGAUGGCACAUGCAAGACCUCGCCCUCCUGACAGAUUCCUUCAACGCAGCCUGGUGUUUGUCGAGCCUCGGCGUGAAACGACAGCAGCCAUUCUGCAAUGCUUAGAGGUGAGGUGACUUCACUUUGGUCGUCGCUCAUAUACACCCCAGGUGGCAAUACUGAGGCGGGAAACAUGAUCCAGUACUUUGAAC